UUGGAUUUCAGUUCCGGGUUGAAGGUUACCAACGUGGUACCCGUGCAUCAACGUGUACACAUUCGUAAUGAAAGUUUAUGAUAUUUACCGACAAAACUAAGAAAGGGACAGAAACAAGAAUAAUGGGGGAGUUCAAAGUGCACAGAGUUCGGUUCUUUGACUAUAUGCCCAGCGGUAUCAGGGCCAUAGCUUUCAACCAGCAAACAGAGAUUAUGGCUGUUGCCAGACUCGAUGGUUCAGUGGAAAUCUUCAAUUUCUCUGACCACUUAUUUCAGGAAAAGGUCAUUCCGGGAAAAGAACAGCGGAGUAUUGAAGCCCUUUGUUGGGUUGGGGAAAGACUGUUUAGUGCUGGCUUGAGUGGAGAAAUAAUCGAGUUUGACUUGCACAACUUGAGACCUAAGCUCACCAUCGAUGCCUAUGGUGGACCCAUCUGGACCAUAACUGUCAAUCCUCAAGGAACACAUCUCGCGGUGGGAUGUGAAGAUGGCACAGUGAAGCUGUUUGAGGUUCUGGAGGACGGAAUUCAAUUUGAGCGAAACUUAGACAGAAAGAAAGGGCGCAUCUUGUCUCUGUGUUGGCAUCCAUCAGGCACUAAGAUUGCCGCUGGGAUGAUGGACAUGAUCUGCAUGUUUGACAUCAAGACUGGUCAUGCAAUCCACAGGUUGCUUGUUGACAAGGCGCGGGGUGCCCCAAAGAACCAGGAGUGUGUGGUAUGGAGUGUGGUCUACCUGGCAGACGACACAGUCAUCAGUGGCGACUCGGCCGGCAGGGUGAAGGUGUGGGACGCGCACACAGGCACGCUCAUCAAGAACCACGACGUCACCAAGUGGGACGUCCUGACACUCUCACUGUCACAGGAUGAGACCAGUCUUGUUGCUGGAACAUCAGAGGGAACCGUAGUCCAGUUCCAGUUCCUGUCCACAGCUCUGGGGCAGGAGGACAAGGAGUGGGUCAGGACUAGAACUUUCAAGAACCAUACGCAUGAUGUCAGGGCGGUGGCAGAAGCUGGGUCAGCCAUCAUUUCAGGAGGUAUGGACACCCAGCUGGUAGUGAGACCUCUCUUAGAGAAACAUGAUGUCAAGUCUCAGGCCUCUGCAUUACGCAAAGUCCAGUUCCCACACCGGCGGUUGGUGUCUUGUGCUAAGAAGGCUCAGCUCGUCUUGUUCCAGUAUCCCUCCCAUCUGGAGCUGUGGAGGCUAGGAGAGAGUGAAGGACAUGGAACUCCAGGUGAUAAGUUGCCAGUUCAGAGGAACCCAGAGAAACUUCUUCAGUUGAAGACCAAGGGAGAGGAGCAUAUCUGCUGUAGUGCGGUGUCCCCAUGCGGAGGAUGGCUGGCCUACUCGACCACUUCCAGUUUACGCCUGUACAAAGUACAGCAUGAGAACAACAACAUCAGCAUCACCAAGAUGUCUAAGCUCCCUAAAGUUCUGCACUGGGCCCACCAGCUGUGCUUCUCUGCAGACUCAUCCCAGCUGUUUGCUGCUUCGGCAAACUCCUCCGUCCAUGUGGUCUCCCUCAGUGCUAACAGCUGCAAACACAAACACACCUUUAAGCCCAAGACAGGUUCAACACAGCCCAUACAUCUACUCUCAGUUAGUGCGGAUGGUCAGUGGCUGGCCACAGCUAACAGUGACUGUGAAAUCCAUAUCUAUAGCCUGACCACACUCAAGAGCCACUGCAAAGUGCCUGUGUACAGGUCAGGGGUCAGCGCCAUGGCGAUUCACCCAACCACAAACAACCUGUUUAUGGCGCAUGCAGAUCAACAGGUGUUUGAGUUCUCCAUUGAGCAGAAGCAGUACACCGACUGGAGUCGGCAGGUGCAGAGGGUCGGGUUGCAUUUCAAAUGGCUGGAGCGGGACACGCCUGUCACCAGUGUGACCUUUAACCCCCGAAACCCUGCCCACAUCAUCCUGCAUGACAUGUACAUGUUCUGUGUCAUUGACCAAAGCCUGCCUCUUCCUCAAAAGUACAGCCAGCUCUAUAACCAGCUCACCCUAAAGAGUAUGCCGGAGCAGGAGAGACAGGAGCACUGCCACGCCUUCAAAGUCUGCAAACUCUUCCAGCCCCUGAUGUGUGUGGACAUGAUGGAGGAUCACUCCCUGGUGGUGGUAGAGCGCUCCCUGCUGGACAUCACGGCGAAACUCCCGGCGCCAGUCAAACAGAAGAAGUUUGCCACUUAAGAGAGUACCCCUGUGUGUGUGUGUGUGUGUGUAUGUGUUUGUGUGUGUAUGAGUAUUCCUGUGUGUGUGUUUGAGUGUAUACGAGUAUUCCUGUGUGUGUGUGUGUGUGAGAGAGAGUAUUCUUUUGUGUGAGCGUUUGUGUGGGUGAUUUCAGCCUUGCUUUGUAAUGAGUUUUACAUAGUAUACAGUAAUAAAUGACUUAUUUACUGUAAAAGUUA